AAACACAAAGGUAAAUUCAAUUAUGAAAAGAUAAGAAUAUUAAUUACUGAAGGUUCCGUUUUGCAAAUUAUGGAAAAAAAUUGCAAUUUUAAAUUUUUGUUUGGACGAAAUACAAAAUAACUCCUAAUUAUUACACUCUCUCUAUACAUUCAUUUGUUUCAUUUCAUUUCAUUUCCAAUAAAUCAGAAAAUUACUGUCCCUCUAAUUUCUCCAACUUCAACCCCCCCUCUUCUCCCUCUGGUGGUCUGCUCUCUCUCUUGUUCAUCUUCUUCAAGGGUUCCUUCUCCUUCUUCUUCUACUUUUCUCUUGACGAUCCAUCCAUUGGUCGAUUGUCUUUGUUUUCAACUAAACCUCAUCAUCCAUCAGGUUGCAUGAUAUUGAGUUUGCUAAUACAGCAUUGUCCGUGAGUUACUGAUUGUGGUAAUACAAUCUUUGCCACCUUCUGCUAACUUUUCGGAGCAUAUAAGCCUCAAUGCAGGGACAAAGGAGUACCCUUGAUUCUUUUACCGAUACAUUUGGGCUUGACCAUGGAGCUAGUUCAAGUAAUGCUGGUAUGAAUCAGCAACUAUUUUGGAAUGAUGUGCUCAAUCCAGUAGAAGGUGGUUAUCAAGAAUGCCCUCCAACCUUAGGUGAAGGUAGUGGAGAUGUAAAUGUGAUUGGUCAUGAAGGGAGGAGCUUGAGCAGUUGGAAUUUAGGGGAAGCUAGUUCUAGUGACAGAACACGUGGCCAUAUGGUUCACAACGAAGCAAAAACAGAACAUUUGUGGUCAAGAAACCAUGCAGGAUCUGGACCCAGUUUAGAAGAAAGGCGUCUUGAAGCAGCAAAUACUAUGUCUUUGGGAGGUGUUCAUCUAAACUUAAAUAACAAUCUGUUGGGGAAUGGGUCAUUGUUCUCACAGGCAUCCAGCUCUGAUGAGAUCCCACAGAACUUAAACUUAAAUGCAGGAUAUACAAGCAACAAUGCAGGUGGUAGUGGUGGGUUUAUGGAACCAAGUUUACUUCAUUCUGCUGCAAGCUCUGAUCAUUUUGGAACGGCUUCGGGAAGUGGUGGAUAUUUGGUAGAUGAGGGUGAUGCUAGACCUGGCUGUUCAUUGGAUGGUCGCCGUUUAUCCUGCAAAAGGAAAACCCUUGAAGGAGGAGUUUCUGGCCAGUCAUCAUCCUUAGGAGGAAAUUCCAGCCGUUAUCAGCAAGCUGAAAACAGUUUAUGGCAUUCUUUUCCUCCCCGCUUUGAUGCUGCGAGUAGCUCCGGCAUUUCCACCCCGGCAAUGACUCCACUCACCUUAAAUCUUCCAGAGCCAGCAAAUCCACAAUCAGUGGUUGGUACAAGAGGUGCAAAUCCUGCAUUAAGUCUAGCAGGUAACGCUGAAACCUCACACAGAAAUUUCCGAACGAGAACUAAUUCUGCAAAUCAACAGGAUUUGGCCCCGUCAAAUCCACCACCCACAGGCUAUUCAGCAAGGCAUUCUCAUGGUUGGUCACCUCAUCAAUUAUCUUCUAGAGCUCUACCGAUUAGUCAGUCUUUGGACCUUAGGCCACCAGUAGCCAACGUGAGUUCGGAGAGUCGGUCUCAGACAACACAUAGUCAUGGUUUGCCGCGAAAUGUUCACCCUUUCUCUUUCAACGGGACUCCAAGUUCAAGGUCUGGCAGCUCUUCAAGCUCAACUCUCAUUCCUGGAGAGAGGCCUAAUGCAUCACGGGAGGGAGUACACCUUAGGAUGCCAAGAAAUAUAUCAGAACAUCCUAUGUUUGUAGCAGCUAGUGAGAUGAGAAACUUGGCUCAAGAACCAACUAACUGGAGUUUAGCCAAUGGGAGUUCAGCUACUCCUGGGAAUUUGGCCUCUAAUCCUCGGGUUGUGUCGAGCUCUGUGAUUCAUCCAUCCCCUAGUUCUGCUUGGGCACCUCAUCCAAAUCCGACUUCUCAAUAUUCACAGAGGUUAUCGGAAGUUGUUCGUCGGUCUUUGUUUCCAUCUGCUGGCUCAGAGUCUGGGGCACCUAGUAGUACUUUCCCUCCAUUACGUUCUGGUCCUUCUGCUUCCUCGCCAGAGGGGCCUCCUUCAACUGCAGCUGGUCAGCAGGGAAAUCCACAGCCUUAUUCUAGGUCAGCAUUCUUGAUGGAUAGACAAGGUGAUGGUGUUCCAUUGUCCUUCCGAUCUUUGGCUGCUGCUACCGAAGGAAGAAGUAGGCUGCUAUCUGAGAUCCGAAAUGUUCUGGAUAUGGUUCGCAGAGGUGGUGAUGGCUUAAGAUUUGAGGAUGUUAUGAUCCUCGAUCAGUCAGUAUUUUUUGGUGUAGCCGACUUGCAUGAUAGGCACAGAGACAUGCGACUUGAUGUUGAUAAUAUGUCCUAUGAGGAACUAUUGGCAUUGGAAGAACGCAUAGGAGAUGUAAGCACCGGUUUGAGUGAAGAAGUUAUAUCGAAGUGUUUGAAGAAACGGAAAUUUUGUACAAUUAGAAUAAAUGCUCCUUCAGAAAUGGAACCUUGCUGUAUUUGUCAGGAAGAAUAUGUAGAAGGAGAUGAUCUUGGGACGUUGGAAUGUGGACAUGAGUUUCACGGUGGAUGUGUUAAGCAGUGGCUGAAGCAAAAGAACUUGUGCCCUGUUUGUAAAACGACAGCGUUGGUUACAUAGAGAUUGAGAAGAAUUUGAAGAAAAAUAAGCCCUGACUAAUCUUGGGCUUCUGUUAUCUUCGUUACUCCUCUACCCAGAUUUAGAUAAAAAUGAGAAUGAGACUCUCUCGCCUCUGAAUAUCAUUAUUGUGAUUCAUCCAACACUUUGGUGGAAAAUAUCUUUGUUUUUCUUUUUUUCCUUGGUUUCAUUUAUCUUUUAAUAUUAAUCCUCUUAGAGCA